UAGAGGGAGAUAAGCCGUGUAGGCCCUUGGAAAAAUUCUACACACGUAAAACCCGAUAACAUUAUUUAUGUUUAGCGACCAUAUCCUAAACUGAUGCAUUUGGAUAAUUAUAUGAAGAUACGACUGAUGUGUUAGAUAAACAAGAUUGACCAAGUAUUUCAAAAUGGCCGCCAGUGGACAGAGACCUUUAGGUGACAAGAAGAACAUCGUAGUACUAGGACGGACUGGAAACGGCAAAACUUCCACGAUCAGAACUUUGCUGGGUGACACAGAGAUAAAACACACACGGUCUAACGGUGCUAACAAUGUUUUGGUCUAUGAAGGAGAACUGGGCAAGGAAAAAGUAACUCUGGUUGAAUGUGAGUGUAUUGGAGAUUCUGUGCAAGAUUUGAAUUAUCCAAUCGAAACGAUCGUGGACUCCGCCAGCGAUGUUUUUAAACCGUGUGAAAACAGAAUCGAUGCGUUUGUUGUGGUGUUGAAGUUUGGUGUGAGGUUUACCACACAGGAACAGGACGCAGUGCGGAUGGUGAAGUGCUUGUUUGGUGAUAAUGUGAUGAGAGAUUUUGGUGUGGUUGUCAUGACGUGUGGAGAUAAUUUUGAUAAGGAGGAAGAGGAGUUGUCGUUUGAUGAUUGGUGUGGUAAGCAAACUGGCAACAUCAAGGCUUUGUUUGAAGAGAUAAACCAGAGGGUUGUUCUUGUUGACAAUACUUUAGUGAGAAAACAUCAGAUCAAUGAAGUGAAAAACACGAAAUUGAUUUAUAUUAUUGAACACUUUAAGGAUAUUUUGUCCAAGUUACCAAACGUAUAUUGCGAAAAUGAUUUUGUAAAGUCUGAAAGUGGAAGGAACGAGCUUUGUGGGAGAGAAAACAGAUUAAAGCUGGAACGUCAGACCCGAGAGAUGUUGGAUAAAAUGGAUGUAGAUAUAAGCAGAGCUGUAGUACAAGAAACGUUUGAAACACUUUUGAAAGAACUAUCAGAUUACAGAGAUCAAUAUUUGAGCGAAGAUCAAGACAGUGAUUUUAUACAACAACAACUAUACGCCAUCAGUUUACGUGAAAAACAAAUUACUGAAAAAAUGGCAUCAAAUGUUACUACUUUUAAGAGUUUCGGUCUUAUAGUAAAAACUUUUUUUGAUAAAUUACUAGAAAACUAAGCAAUGGUAAUUUUAAUGUAGCCUUUAAAUAUAAAUGUGUGUGUUAAUUGUUAAGUAAUUAUUUAUUCUUCUACAAGCAUUUGAAUAAAACAAGAGUCAAAUCUGAUUGGUGUAAUGAAAUGUAUCAUAUCUAGAGGUAGAAAAUCGAUCAGCAAAUACACUGCUGAUAGCAAAGUGUGUACAGGGGUUUUUAAAGCAGAAGAGUUAACACAGGGAACAUAGCGGGGGAGUGCGGAGAAUGUUGCUAAGGGGAGAUUACAGGGGUUUCAGUGGGG